AUGAGCCGCGCGAUAUCGCGCCUUGUUGAGGCAUGCAAUCGUCUGAGCAUCACUCAGAGAUCUCAAAUGCAUUAUCUUCGUCCUCCUCCAGCCUCCUCGAUUUUACCACCGUGCCCUGUUCCAUCAACAAUUAUAAUCGAACAGAGAUUUCCUACGAAUGGAUCCUAUCAUUUUCCACAGCCGUCUGUCUCCAUCGAUCUACCGUCUCUUGAGAAUCCUCAACAGGUAUACACCUUUCCAACACUGCAUCGUUCUCCUAUGGUAGCUCCUGGACUCGAUAUUACGGAAAUCUUAGAAAAACUAGCCCCAACAGUAGAGAAAAAUUCUGUAAUUGCUCCAGGAAACUCAAAUAAGGCACCUAUGUGGCUUUCUCCACGUCUUCUUACAAUUCGUCGUAAAAAAAUGAAGAAACAUAAGAGAAGAAGGAGAUACGAUCGAGACUUUUUCAAAUACCAAAAAUAUCAUCGCGAGAAAAAGCUGAAAGCAGAGCGAGAAUUCCAAAAGCGAAUGAAGUCGUUGCUCACCGAGUUGGAAGCAUUUGAUCCAGAGAAAUACGUGAAAGAUACUAUUCGAAUGGCUAAUAAGGAGUGGCAAGACGAAUUAGCACCGACUGGAAGAAAAUUGUAUCCACAUUGGAGCAGAUUUAUGAGUUUGGAACAGUUAUACGGUCUUCCAAAAAGCGAGUACAUUGAUAAAAGAUCAGGGCUUCCAACACCGGAAGAAGCUGAACAAAUUAAAGCGUUGAAGGAGAAGUAUGCCAAGCUGUACCGAAGAAAGUAG